AUGGCCAAAAGACUAUCUUCACUGUUUUCAUUACCGCGGGAUGACAGACAUCAACCCCAUGCGCUUGAGCCAGUCGUGGCCACUGGCGCUCAGUACACUCCUUCUCCUACUUACGUGACGGGUUCGAUCAGUCAUAAAUUGCACAAGCACCGCUUCACCGCCUCCUCCAAUAUCGAUCUCAAUGAAGGAUCACCUGCGCUUACCCCUCCUCCACUUCUCUCAGGAACAGCAUAUGUUCGUCCUCCAAGCAGUCAGCGAAGUGGAUCAGAGAGCAGGCCGGGAAGUCGGGCGAGUAGUGCUCACAGUCAUGUCCAUAGCCAAGAGGGAAGCAGGAGUCGCCCUCAGACACCCACGUUGCUGAUCCCAUCGAGUGGCACGGAAUCUCCAGCUCGACCUGCAACACCAUCUUCCGGGAAGAUCACUAAGAAGAAGAGCUGGAUGCCCGGGAAGCAUGAGAGGCAAAAAGUCGACGAUGGCUAUGGCCAGCGCAAAGCCUGGAUUGCAGGGUUACGAGACUAUGUCCCCUACGAUCUAGACCCCUUGCUUAGGGGAGACAAGGUACCCGAACUGUGGAACGAGCGUGGGGAUACCCUGAUCUACCUCUAUCCACCGGCUUCGCAGCGUGGCCCAUGCUUCAGAAUCGAGUCGGCCCUGUUGGCGGAGUCCACCACUUUUGUCAGCCUCCGCAUGCACUCACCCACAUCUCCUGUCGACAAAGGUAGGGACAUAGAUCCGUCUGAGUCGGUGUUGACCGAAUCUUCAUUGAACCCGCGACGUGCACGACCGCCGUCUCAGCACUCCCAAGCGAGCUCUACCUACCGUCCGGCCCCGAAUUAUUCAGUUCCUGACUUGAUUACGGUCCAAGAGGAGAAGCAUCUAUACCUACCUCUGGGGUUUGACGGAGAUAUGUUGAACCAAGAGUCUGAACCUCAGGCCGAUGACCUUGAGCUUGUCGUGUUGUAUCGCAAUUUCUUUGCAUUCCUAACUGGCGGUGCACUGGUGGCAACUCCUAGACAAGUCACACUAUUCUCUGUCUUGAUGGGAAUCAGCACGAUAUUAAAGCGAUUCGACUUCAGCAACUCCGAUGGAUCUACGUUCGGAGAUGUACCGUUCAGCAGUUUCUCGCGGUACUGCGACGAAUUGCGACUCGCAGAUGUGCGAUCUAGCAGAGAGAAGACAGUGGAAGCGAUCGUCCUCGGCGAGCAGAUGAGGUCGUGGCCUCUUUACAACGAAGGAUUUGCACAUGCCGUGGGCCGACUGGCGGACAUCAAGUCCAUCAAUAGCCCCAAAUAUGGGAAAAUGUCGCCCAUCACAAUCAACCGAUUGGAACGGGCUCACCUCGAUAUCGAACAAAGACUUUUAGCGGUAAGAAGCAAGCUAGAGGAUUUUGACUUCCCUUCAAUGUUUGCAGGUAUCGCCAACUCCCAAUCCUCGACGGAGGCCAAGCUCAUUCGAUUCAAGGAGUGGAAAGCUGCAUUCUUGGACUUCAGACGGUUCACGCUGUCUUAUUACCGCCGAAAAUACGGGGCUUGGCCACCCAAGGCGUCUUCGAAGAAGAACAAUUUCGAAGGCAGCGGGCUGAAUCGUCUUCUUCUAAAAGAACUCUACAAGGACUUCACAGACUUGUAUGAUAUCUUGGUUGAUCGGACCGCCAUCACCACACGGACCGUUGAUAUGCCUGCGAUGGACGAUGACGCUGAAACAAAUGAUCAGAAUGAAACCAUCCAACAUGCCAUUCGAAGGGUGGAGAGCGAAUACGAUAGGGCUACACCUCCUGUCGUGCCCCCGAUCCCCUUCGACACGCCGUUGAUCCCGCAGUUCUCGCAGAGUUUCAACCGCCAGCAUGUGAUAAUCUCAGACAAUUCAACAUUACAGAGCAAGAAAUUGAAGGAGAACGAGGUAAACGAAGUGUUGUUAGGGUCAUACAAUCGUGAAUCCAUCAAUGCCAGCCUUUGGAUUCAAGACUUCUUCAGCUAUGAACGUCGUCUGGGCAGUGGCAAGACACUCGGACAAAUCGUCGAUGUCAGAUGCGGGCAGUGGUUGUUCAUGUAUGCGGUUCUACAAGCGCUUCCAAUGACUGUCGUUGACGCAAGAGAUCUCAAACACACCGAAGGGGUGGAAUAUUUCUUGUGUGUCGGUCCCAGGGGCGGGAGGCCUUGGAUGAAAGAGGAUCAAUCAACAUCACGAGCUUGGUAUAAUGUUGCCAGCGGUGGUGGUGUCGUCAGCCUUCCAGCCGACUUGAUCGACCACGGCGUGGAAGGGGUCUACCGACGCAGUCAUUGCUGGACGGAAGCCACCAAGUGGUCACAGUCUCAGCCAGACAGCGCUAUGAGAUCCAUGGGGGAAACAGACCCAGCCGCCCUCCAGCGUCCGAACGCUGUUGGUGUCCCAACGGACUAUUUGAGUCCUCAACAUUCUCCGUAUGCCAGUCCACUUUCAUCGCCACUCCUGAAGCCAAUAUCUCCGGCUAUGUCCAGUGACAUGUGCAGGAGCAGAGAUAGGAGCUCAGUCCAUCUCGGAUUGGAAGCCUUGGACGAACCGCCUCCUCGACAGACGUCACGGCCUACCUCGGUCCUUAAUCCGAAUAUCACUUUUGAUGCGAUUCUUGGUACCACUGACGCACCGAAAACAAAGGGCAAGAAGGGCAAGAAGUGA